AUGUUUGGCGGUUUCGUGACGCGUUUUCAUAAAGUUGCAUACCGCCUUUUAUCCACUACCACCAUUUCUAAAAAUAUUUCUAGAAUUUCUUCUUUUGAACAACAGGCUAACAUUAAUAAUAAUAAACAAUUAAAUGAUAAAUAUUUUCUAGAGAGAUAUGAACAAAAAAAGCUACUGCAUUACGCAAGACAAGCAAGAGACGAACUAGUACCGCUUGGUGGCUUGGUUGAUUUGAAUGACGUAUUUAUUAACAAUGAAGUAAACCUAAAUUAUACAAAAGUUUAUGGUUUUGAUUAUGAUUACACUCUGGCGAACUAUACCGAAAAUCUACCAAGAGCAAUUUAUCGGGUUUUACGACACAUUCUCAUUAAACAGUUUAGCUAUCCUAAAGGACUUGAAUCUGUUGAUUUUGAUCAGGAUUUUGCUAUCAGGGGCUUGCAUUAUGACAUGCAAACGGGAUGGCUAAUGAAAAUUGAUGCUUUUUCAAAUGUACAAAUGAAUACAAUCUAUUUUGGCAGAGAGCCUCUAAAAGAUAUUCAAGAGUUGCAUAAAAUUCAUAAAGGAGUUCAUAUAUCACAAGAAUAUUUAAACGACAUGUAUCAACUUAAUGAUCUCUUUAGUAUACCCGAAGCAUGUCUUUUAGCUGACGUGAUUCAAUAUUUUAAUGAGCAUAAUGUAAAAUUUCAUCCACGCUAUCUCGUUGAGGACAUUCGCGCUGCAGCAAGGAUAAUUCAUUUGGGUGCAUCUCGUGAUGGAAUUGGUGGUCAGUUGCAUCACAUGAUUAUUAACAAUAUCCCCGAAUUUCUGGAGAAAGCACCUCGACUGGUGGCAUACCUGGAGAAAUUGAGAGCACAAGGGAAAAAAUUGUUCUUGUUAACAAAUAGCAGCUUUGCUUUCGUUGACAAAGGAUUAAGUUAUAUUACCGGAAAUGCAGAUUGGCGUUCACUCUUUGACGUCAUAAUCUGUGCUGCCGACAAACCGACAUUCUAUAUAACACGACGUCCAUUUCGGCGCGUAUCAACACCCACCUGGAGUAUUGUUGAUAAAUUUGAGGAGGGGAAUGUAUAUCAAGGUGGAAAUAUGAUGGACUUUAGUAAAUUUACUGGGUGGCAGGGUUCGAGUAUUAUGUAUAUUGGAGAUCACGUUUAUUCAGAUUUAGUCUCACCUACGCUACAUCAAGGCUGGCGGACUGGGUGUGUCAUACGUGAACUCUCAACAGAAAUCUCUAUUCGUAAUCUACCUACUUCUCGAUUCAGCCUCUCAUGGCUCUUAAACUUAGAGUUACUAAUAAGAGAAGCGCAAGUUGCAUCGAUCGAUCAACAACAUCGAGAGAAACUUCAACUGUUACUCAAUGAAUGGCGUUCAGAAAGAAAAGAAUUACGAACUCUAUUGAAACGAGUGUUUAACCCACAGUUUGGAAGUGUGUUCAGAACGCAUCAUAAUCCGACUUUUUUUGCAAAUAAAAUUAGAAAAUUUGCCGAUUUAUACACUUCGAAUAUAGAAAACUUUAACAAUUAUCCUCUUGAUUAUAUUUUUUAUCCAGAGAGAGCGUAUCUACCACAUGAAGGAUUAGUAGAGAUAUUCUUAGACCAGAAACAAUAA